CUCCAAACCGACUGUUGGCAUAGCGAUAGCGGUUGUUUCCAGUUUUAUCAAUGGCUCGACAUUUGUUCUUCAGAAAAAGGGAAUAUUACGGUCACGCGAGCGAGGUGUUUCGUACUUGAAAGAUGCAGUGUGGUGGAUAGGCACGCUGUCCAGUGAGUUUGGUGACAUCUGCCGUUCAACUGGGGAAAUAACAAGACUGCCAAAAAACACUAAAACCUAUCAUGCCCGCAAAAAAUACCUUACAACCUCUUAAAAAUAAUCUCAAACACCUCAACUCUCUCGCAUCACAAAAAUAGUCUUAAAUUGCCUUAAAAACCUCACACGCCCACCAUAAAGCUAUUAAUAUUUUAGUUUUUCACAAGUUUGUUUACGGCGGCGCCAGGGUAGAAAAAAAUAUUUUUCAUAGCUAAUCUUUACCCACGGUUUAGUAAUCUGUACCUGCAGAUUACUAAACUGUACCCACAGUUUCAUAAACUGGACCCAGUUUACUAAUCUGUACCCACAAAUUAUUAAACCGUACCCACAGUUUUUAAUCUGUACCCACAUCACUAAUGUGUACCCACAGAUUCCUAACUGUGGGUACAGUUCGGUAAUCUGUACCCACAGUUUUGUUGUCUAGCAAUGACACGGAAACGGUAGUCCUCAAUUUGGUUUGCUGCAGACUCCAAAAGACGACGGACCUAACAAGCAUGCAGCUACAUACGGUUUGCCCUUAAGAAACUAAAUUGUUUUGAAAGGUAACUAAUCCACUUCUUCAAUAGCCGUGAACACUGUCGCUUUCAGGUGUCAUCACUCAAUAUUGCAUGCUUUGUACCCAAAGUUAAGUAAUGUGUGGGUACAGUUUAGUAAACUGUGGGUACAGAUAACUAAACGGUGUGCACAGUUUAGUACACUCUGGGUACAGAUUAGUAAAUUGUGGGUACAGUUUAGUAAUCUGUGGGUACAGAUAACUAAAAGUUUAGUACUCCCUGGGUACAGAUUACUAAACUACCCACAAUUCGAUAAUAUAUUUCAGUUUAGCUAAGAAAAAAAAUAUAUAAGGAACAUAAAAAUAAAAAUACCUGAGCUGAGCCUGAAACGGUAAAAAGAAAAAAUAAAUAAUGAGGAUCUAAGUACAAAAAAGAUCAUUUUGCUAACUUACAUCGCAAAAGACCGCUAUCUUAAAUGCUACAAAAUGCUAACUUUUUUUUAACAAUGCUCUUAACAAAUGGGUCAAACUAAGGCUGUCAAAGGAUUAAAAUGUUUAAUCGAGUUAAUCACAUCUUAAAAAUUAAUUAAUCGUAAUUAAUCGCAAUUUAAACCAUCUAUAAAAUACGCCAUAUUUUUCUGUAAAUUAUUGUUGGAAUGGAAAGAUAAAACACAAGACGGAUAUAUACAUUCAACAUACUGUACAUAAAUACUGUAUUUGUUUAUUAUAACAAUAAAUCAACAAGAUGGCAUUAACAUUAACAUUCUGUUAAAGCGAUCCAUGGAUAGACUUGUAGUUCUUAAAAGAUAAAUGUAAGUACAAGUUAUAGAAAUUUUAUAUUAAAACCCCUCUUAAUGUUUUCGUUUUAAUAAAAUUUGUAAAAUUUUCCAUCAAAAAAUAAACUAGUAGCUCGCCAUUGUUGACGUCAAUAAUUACACAAUGCUCAUUGUGCUUAAACCCAUAAAUUCAGUCACACCAAAGCGCCAGUAGAGGGAGACAAAAAACACAAGUAACAAGUGGACAUGUCACUGUGCUGUCAUUUUAAUCUGUUUGAGCAGGGCAUGUUCGUUAAUUGCGUCAAAUAUUUUAACGUGAUUAAUUUAAAAAAAUAAUUACCGCCUGUUAACAUGAUAAUUUUAACAGCCCUAGUUCAAACACAUAUUCCCACAAAAAACGGCUAAAAUGUAACUAUAAACUAAAAUAUAAAUGCAUUAAAAAAAGCAUUACCUCAAACAAAAACUUAGCUUACGUUAGUCUUAACAGGGAGCAGCUUGAUUCAGCCAUGUAAAAUGAGUUAUGUCAUAUUCACUGUUGCCACUAGAGGGCAGGUAUCCACUCAAAUCAAUAAAACUAAAUGCAAACACGUUCAAACAAACCAUUACAACGCCACUAUAAUUACACAAAUACUCGAAGCAGCAAAAUUUAAUUCAAAUCUUUUUUUCUAAUCAAAUUACUCGAGUUAAUCGAUUAAUCAUUGCAGCACUACUAGGGAGAAUGUGAGUUUGCAAAGAAGCAGGAUCUCACUCUAUGCAUGUACAUUGUCAAUCUUUCGCCAACACAUAGAGGCUUCCUUGUUUAUGCACAUUUGUGUUCAACUACAUUGACAUCACAUGCACAUUUUUAGUGGUCGUAGGUCAAAUUGGGAAUUUCCUGGCCUACAACGCGGCCCCCGCUGUCAUCGUCACACCACUCGGAGCAUUUGGAGUUCUCUUUGGGUAUUGCUGGCGUCCCAUCUCCUGGAGGAGCGUUUGAACAUUAUGGGAAAGCUGGGAUGCGUGGCCACCUGUUGUGGCUGUGCAGUGCUGGUUCUGCACGCGCCCGCUUCGGAAGGCGUGACAUCGGCAAGCCAGUUGGAAGCCAGGAUGGCGGACCCAGUGUUUGUAACCUACGCGGUGCUUGUGUUACUGACGCUGGCGGUGCUGAUGGGUCGGACAUUCCGCUCCUACCGUUCCCCUAGCAUGGGGGCAUAUGUGGCCAUCUGCUCCCUGUUGGGAAGCUUCACAGUACCCUGCAGUAAAGCCUUGGGCCUGGCAGCGUGGGACGUCCUUUCAGGUGGUCCAACACUGUUUCUCUUCUUGGGCCUUCUUGUUACGUUGGGAACUAGCGUGCUGCUGCAGUUGUUCUACAUCAACAAGGCUCUAGAAGCGUUCGGCUCCCACAUUUUCGAAGCCGUGUACUACGCGGCCUUCACGUCGGCGGCGCUGGUGUCGUCGGCCCUGCUCUUCAGGGAGUGGACAGUCCUCACAGCAGCCGACUGGCUGGCCGCGAUUUGCGGACUGGUCACGGUCUGCGUGGGCGUCGCCCUGCUGCAGAUAUCCCAGGAGGCUUCGUUCACUUGGAAGCAAACCAAAAAGAUGAACUAACUUUAUUACUUCUACUUCAUUGAAUCACUUGCUUCCAUUGAUGGCGAUAUACAUCCAAUCCAAUUUGACUGGGAGUGGAUGGCAGCGAUAAAAUGGUUUGGACGUUUAUUGCCGUCAAUGGCAGCUAGUGAGUUAAGAACGGCAUAGACUAACAAAACUAAAAAACUACCUCAGUAAAUAAAGGCGGUCAAAUAAUGUUCAAUGGAGCAUAAUUCUGUGUUACCGUUUUUCACGUUUAACAUUUGUGUACAUUUUCAUUGAGUCAUAUUUAAAUACAGUACUUUAUAAAAAUGUUACAGUGGAUAACAAUAUUUAAUAGACUUGUUCGUAGGGGUGCAACGAUCCAUCGAUUGGUUAAAGGGAAAGACAACACAUUUAUCAUGUCAAUUCCAGUGGAAAGAAUCUUGUUUAACUCUUUAUGGAGGUAGAUUUGCCUUUAUUAUACAAUUUUAAAAAAUUGCUUCAAUCAAAAAAAAAAGUCGCUUCAAUCAAAAUAUGUUUUCAAUCAAAAAAAAAAUGUGUUUGCAUGCAAAAACUAAUUUGAAACUCAAAGAACUGUAUGUACUAGGGCCACCACCGGUGUCUUGCCAAUGUAGUUACCCUUGUCAAAAAUUGUAUCCCCUGGCCGCGGGAGCACACACACACACACAUUAGUUAUGAGUUAUGUUGACUUAAACAAUUAUUUGAAACCAGAAAAAAAAACAGUUAUAUAUUUUGGACAUCGACGUUUAUUAAACUGGAGAAACUCCAUACAGGACUUGAACUACAGUAAAAACAGUUACUUAUAACUAAGCCAUCCUACAAGUAAAAAAGUAAAGCAUUGCCUUCUUUUAUGUUCAGUACGUGUGUUCCGUUAUACGACAGAAAAAAAAGUUGUUUUUUAGGGCUGUCAAAAUUAUCGCGCUAAAGGGCGGUAAUUAAUUUUUAAAAUUAAUCACGUUAAAAUAUUUGACGCAAUUAACGCACAUGCCCCGCUCAGAUUAAAAUGACAGCACAGUGCAAUGUCCACUUGUUACUUGUGUUUUUGGAGUUUUGUCGCCCUCUGCUGGCGCUUGGGUGCGACUGAUUUUGGCCAGAUGGGGCCACUUAAAAUCCUGGGGUGGCCAAAACUAAAAGCCAUGAGUUCAGGUUUUCAUUAUAUUAUUGCAGUAAAAAGGUCAGGGGAAAACUAUCAGAAAGACUUAAGGACACGGCUACUGAUAUACUUUGGUGUAUUGUGUAAUAUUUGAUGUUACUAAUGAUUUAAUGUGCAUAGUCCAUUACUGUCCAGUCAACAUUUUGAGUUCCACAACAAUUUUGUUUUAUUGUUUUAUGUAUAUAUUAGGCAUAAGGUGUACAUUUAACUAGGGCUGUCAAACGAUUAAAAUUUUUAUUUGGGUUAAUCACAGCUUAUAAAUUAAUUAAUCGUAAUUAAGCGCAAUUCAAACCAUCUCUAAAAUAUGCCACAUUUUUCUGUAAAUUAUUGUUGGAAUGAAAAGAUAAGACGGAUAUAUACAUUCAACAUACUGUACAUAAGUACUGUAUUUGUUUAUUAUAACAAUAAAUCCACAAGAUGGCAUUAACUUUAUUAACAUUCUUUCUGUGAAAGGGAUCCAUGGAUAGAAAGACUUGUAAUUCUUAAAGGAUAAAUGUGAGUUUGUAUAAUGUGACUAAAUAUUUCCAUCUAGUGUAUUUGUUGAGCUUUCAGUAAAUGAUACUGUAGCGACUUAACUGUUCUGCCCAAAUGCAUGAUGCGAAGUGGUGCAACUAUGACUGUGUGUGGUGGCUGCAAAUGCUUUAUCUUCUCUGAGUUGGGUACACUACAGGGUGUUAAGAAAAAGAUCAACUCCUGUCAUUCUUCUCCACGUCGCUUCCCACAAUAUUUAUAGGUGCUGUGGGAAAGAUGACAAAGCUCUUGCCAAUUAAAAGCACGGCCCCAAUGAAUGCUUGUAUCUACUCCACUCUGC